AUGGAGGAAGUUCUAAAUAAUGGUGAAGGGGGAGAUCUUUUGGAUUUUACUUAUCCGGAAACCUACCGGUUGUUGGAAAAACUUUCAAAAAAACAUGUUCAAUGGCCUUCCACACGGAACAAUGCUUCCAAGAAAGCAGGAGUUCUUGAGCUAAGCUCAACUGAUGCUCUUUCAGCACAGAUGGCUUCGCUCCAGAAUACUAUAAAAAAUUGGAAGCCCAUGGAACAGAAAAAACCAACCGAUGGUUACGAUAAUAACAACAGGAGCAAUGAUAAUUAUCAAGGGAACAACAACCGGGGAUGGAAAAGUCAGAAUAAUGCUGGAGGUAGUGGAGGAAACUACCAGAAUCGACCCCCAUAUCCCAGGCAGAACCAUCAAAACUGGGAUAAGGGCGAAGGGAAGUCCCAAUCCUUUGAGACUUUUGUCAAGGAAUACAUGAAUCAAAACAGUGCAGCCAUGAGGAGCCUGGAGACCCAAAUUGAUUUAGUGGCACGAUCUCGUAAACGCGAACUAGCAAGACAACUUAUGGAAGAAGGAGUUGAGGAAGCUACUGACCCUCAACCCCUUGAAGCUCAGACAGAAUCAAGGGAGAAGGUCCAGAAUGAUGAUCUCACUGAAGUCACACCAGUUGCCACAACAUCUGGAGCAGAUGUUGGAGCAAUGAAAGACAAUGAACCAGUUUCAGUCCCAACUUAUGUUCCACCAUGCAAAAGGAGGAGUGAACCAAUUGAGCCUCAUUUUCCACAGAGGUUAAAAAAACAACAUGAAGAUAAGCAGUUUAGCAAGUUUUUAGACUUGUUGAAACAACUUCACAUAAAUGUCCCUCUGGUGGAGGCUCUGGAACAAAUGCCUUCGUAUGCAAAAUUUAUGAAGGACGUUUUGUCAAAAAAAAGAAGGAUUGAGGAAUUUGAGACUGUAGCCCUCACUAAAGAAUCAUGCAAUUACCUGACUGAGAUUCCUCCCAAACUGAAGGACCUUGGAAUAUUCACCAUCCCAUGUACAGUUAGGAAGAACUACCUUGGUCGAGCACUUUGUGAUCUGGGCUCGAGUGUAAAUUUAAUGCCAGCUUCUAUCUUCAAACAGCUUGACAUAGGAGCAGCAAGACCAACCACAGUCACUCUUCAGCUUGCAGACCGAUCCAUAGCCAAACCAUUCUUGGCCACUGGUGAUGCUGUCAUAAACGUCAGGAAAGGCGAACUGUCAAUGAGUGUAAAUGGAGAGGAGGUGAAGUUCAAUGUCAUGAAAGCAAUGAAGUUUGAUGUAGAUAGCACUGAGGAGUGCUCUAGCAUUUCAACUCUUGAAUUGAUCAUAAUAGAAGAACAGCAGGAGCAGUUGCAGUCAGAAAUAGGCAUGAAAGACUUUAACGAAUUGGAAGAAUACCUUGCGUCCAUUAAUUCCAUUCAUACUGGGGACAAGAAAGAAAGGAUCUUUGAAUCCUUGAACCGAUCGGAGCAAGAGCAAAUACCAAAUUUGCCCUCAGUAGAGCAACCGCCUACCUUGGAGUUAAAGCCUUUACCUGAACACCUGAAGUAUAUUUAUUUGGGUAAAGAAAACACUCUCCCUGUGAUUAUUUCUUCUUUACUAACCCAUGAACAGGAACUUCAGCUCACAUAG